AUGGUCGAUGCUUAUACAAAAUGGCCCGAGAUUCGAGUGUGCAAAUCAAUCACAGCUGAGCAUACGGAGAGAAUGUGUCGGGAGAUUUUUAGCCGAUUCGGAAUUCCGGCCGUGUUCGUGAGUGAUCACGGAACCCAGUUUACGGCGGAAUCGUUUCAAAGAUUCUUGAAGAUCAACGGAAUAACACACAAGAUGGGUGCACCUUACCACCCCGCGACUAACGGUCAAGCGGAAAGGUACGUACAAACAUUUAAGCAAAAGCUCAAAGCAAUACGUUGUCCGAAAUCGAAACUAGAUGUCGAAAUUGCCAAUAUUCUAAUGACAUACCGAAAGAUGAUUCAUCCGUCAACCGGACGAUCACCCUCUAUGAUGGUGUUCGGGAGACAGAUUCAGUCCCGAUUGGACCUAAUGCUACCUACAAAUUCAGUGAGAAAACUAGCUAACCCCGUUAACCGAGUGUUCUUCGAUGGUGAUAAAGUUCGUGUCCGCGAUUUUCUGUCGGCAAACAAGUGGCAGUUCGGACAGGUCGUUUCAAAGCUGGGCAAAAUGCGAUAUUCGAUUCGCUUGGAUGACGGAAGGCUGUGGGAAAGGCAUGUGGAUCACAUGUGUGGCGUUGGAUCGAAUUUGGAUUCGUCAUCAAGAGCAGGUUCGAAGGAGAUGGCUCCAGAGUUUGCAACUCCUAUUGUAAUAACAGCAUCCAGUGGCGACAACCGCAGUUGCGAGGUUCAACCGGUAGUUGGUACAUCCUUCACAUCAGAAUCUCAAGCACCCCCGCCUGUUCAACCCAUGGUGAACGGCGGUCAUCAAGCUGUAGUAUCGGAAGGCGCACGAAUGGGGAACGUUGAGCCAGUUCAACCAAUACGUCGUUCGAACAGGGUAGUGAAGCCACCAUAUAGACUGGAAUUCUAA